AUGAGUGAAUUAAGUGAAACAAUUAAAAAAAUUGAGCUUAAACAAAUUAGUAUUGAAAUGUUUAUUGAUAAUGAAGAAGAUACUGUAAAAUCUGUCAGUGAUCUUUUUGAUUUAUUGUCUGAUGGACAUUCAAUUCCCAAAGAUUAUCAUUUGAUAUAUCUUAUGAUAACAAAAAAGGUCAACCCUUUUAUUCAUUACUCUAAAAAUCUUAUAAACCCAAUGCAACUUUAUGAAAAAGUACAGUUUCAAAUGAAAGUAUUAAUAAGGGUUUAUGAAAUGAUUUGUGUUGCUAAAGGAAUUAUACAAAAUAAACCUGAAUAUCAAGACGAAUUACUUGAAGAUUUAUUAGAAUUUUCUAAAUGUAUUUAUUCUCCUGUUAAAUCGUUAUUCAUUCAUCAUUUUAUGCUAGGUCUUAUUGCAGUGUGUGAGAAAAAAACUGAUAGAUCAUUAUAUAGGUUUAUAAUUACAAAUACAUUAGAAGCAACAAAAGCAGUAUUGCGUCAUGACAAUUCUCAUAGAAAUAAAGUUGAAGAUAUCAUUGAAAUGUGUUAUCCAUUAAAAGAGGUGUAUGAGGCAUUAAUCAGUUGUCAACUUAUUUCAACUGAGUCUUUAUUAACAGAGAUUAUUCCAUUAUUACUUGGUGAAAUUGUUGGUGCUUCUCAUGAUUUUUCAAAACCUAUUGUUUUAUCUGCUUUAAUGGAUUCACUUCCACCUACUCUUCUUCUUGAAGGUUUAAAUUCUUUUGUUUCUUCAAUCCAACAACUAGAAAAUGACUCCGCUUUCUCACGACUUGGAGAAUUAAUAAAAAUAUUAACGAGAACUUCAGUAAGUGCACCUGAUUUUAUUCUUUUAGUUAAGGUAAUUGCUCGUUAUUGUGAAUUCAUUGAGACAGAUGUAUUCAUUUCUCUUCUCCAAUCAUUAUAUCAAGUAGCUAGAAUUUCUCAAUCACCAUUAGAAUUCACCUUAAAGGUAUUUUCAUUAGUUUCUCCAAUCCCUACUCCAUUAAGUAAUACAUCAACAACAAAUCUAUGGAAUUUAUUAAGACAACCUAUUGAUUCUAUUGAACUUAAAUAUUUUAUUAAAAAUGAGAGUUUUAGAACUGCUGUUAAAAAAUUACCUGAAGAUCGUGCUGUACCUGUUGCAAAGAAGAUUUUAGAAAAUUAUUCUACUAAAUUUAUUAUUGAAAGUGAUGAAGAAAUGAAUAAUAUGUUAGAUGUAUGUAGGCAAUUGUUUAAUAGUACUAGUGAAGAUGCAGAAAAAGGAUUAAGAAUGAUUCAUAUAACAUCAUUGAAAGAUCCUCAAAUUUUUAAGAGUAUUUUUAAUAAUUUAACCGAACAAGCAAUAGGAAUAAAAUGGCAGAAUGAUAAAAAUCGUUUAAAUUGGUGUAUUCCACCAUUAGUGUUUGCAUUAUUAAAGGCUGGAAGAGUACAAGAGUCAUUAAGAGAUUUUUCAAGUGAUUUAAUAAUUAAAUAUUGUAACAUCUUGAAAGGUAUUGAUGCAGGUAAAACAGUUAGAAUUGGUAGUCAAGCUGCAGUAACUCUUGCUGAAUGGAAAUCUAUGAAGUACAAAGAUUUAUUGAUUAUUUGUUGGGAAGCAUAUGGAGAUAUUUCUAAUUCAAUUGAACAAGAAAAGAGUUUAUUAGCAAUGAUUGGAAUUGUAAACAUUAUUAAUGUUGGAAUAACUGAAGCAAUUGAUUUAAGAACUAAUGUUGAAUUAAAGGCAAUUGGAUUAUUAAAAACAGUUCAAAAAUGUGAAUUAUCAUGUAAAUGUGCAUCACUUGCUGGUUGUACAUCAAAAAUAAGAAAUGAUAAACACGUCUUUGAAUUACUUAAGAAUACUGCAAAGAUGGGAAGUGACGUAAUUCAAUCAAUAGAGAAUAUUCAUCUCUUUGUAUUGAUUUUAAAUUAUUUUAUGAUUCAUUUUACAACAAAUAAAGAAAUUCCAGUUGAACUUAUAAGUAAACUCAUUCUUCUUAUUAAAAAUGUGAUUAUACAAGAGACUGAUCCACAAACCUAUGCCUUUUUUAUGAAUACUUUAUUAGAAAUCAAAAUAAGAAAAGAACUUAGUCCUCGAUAUCAACAAAUUCAAUGUUAA